UUUGUGGAAGCAUGUUCUGGCUAUUCGAGGGAAGGUUGGCACAGACUGUCUACAGAUGCGAGACUCAAAGUAGCUGUUUGUGCAAAAGCCGUUGGGGAUUAUCCCAGAUAUUUGAAGACUUUGGUGCUGCUGGCAUGCAGCUCAACGCUGAAUGAAGAAGAGAGAUUGCGCUUUCAGAAAGAGAUUUUGUCAGUAUUGCCAAAAGUUUCAGUAGAUGAUGAAGUGAGUGUGAAAGCCGGUGACGUUCUGGAAGUGGAAAGUCUCAAAAUUUUGCACGAAUUCUGCCGGGACGGACGCGAGGACAAAUUUGGCGGGAAACUCGUGGCCGAUUCCGAAGCUCGUGCAGAAAUGAUGUUGCGUACGAGAUUCCCUGCCCCGUUGGUUGCCGACAAGGUUGUGCUGAAAUUGAGGCAUCGCGGGACGAUGGCUUCUGAAAAUACGAGGUCGGGUCACGCGAGUGCCGAAAAGCAUGGUCAUCCUGCUUUUGGGCGGGAGAGAAAAGGGAGUCAUUCGAGUCCGAAUCAAAGUCCUGCGACUUCCUUGACACCUGGGUCAGGGGAUAUGGAUCAAGAAGAAAAUUGGAUGGGACGGGUAUCGCUGGAAACAUUCCAAUUGAAUAUGGUGGAAAAUUUCGAAUACAAGUUGGACAAAACCAUUUCAGUUGCCGGUGUAGGAUGCCAAAAUUUCCAGCGUUUGAUCAAAAGAAAAGACACCAUCUCCCCGAAAGCCCGUCUGACGUCAACCUCGUCGAAUCCGUUACCCGAGCAAGACAUCUCCGAACUGGAGUCGUCCACUGUGAAAUUCGUACCCGGAAAGUCGACCUACGUUCUCGUGUCUGCCAAACUGGGCAGCAAGGGACGUUACGUGGGCUACGAAAUAGUUGUCAGUUUGUUUUCCGGCAAACUACGACUAGUGUACGCUCCUAGUUUUCCGUUCGUCAGUUUCUCGGUGUUCAGUGAGCCGGCUUCCGUGACUGUGGCUCCCGCGACUCGGGAUCUGAUGGCCGGAUUGGAGGAAACGUUUUGCGUGCUGGUGAAGAGCGGGACUUUGAACAUCCCGGAACGGGACGCCCUUGAAGCGAUGGCAACCCUGCGGUCAAGAGACGGGGAAAAAAUCGUGCUGAAACCCACCCGAGGCUUGGAACUUCGACUGCCUUCUCAGACGAAGUUCUCUGAUGGUGUUACACUCGAACUUCCGGGAAUGAAGCCGUUCUGCGAAGCACAGUUUGAAGUUGAAGCCUUCUGCUGUUUGAAUUCUUCCGGACGCGAAGGAACGCUAUCCAUUCCUCAUAAAAUUGCGGUUGACGCGAAAUGGUCAGAGCCGUGCGACGACCUGGAACUCUUCUUCGACCGUCCUUUUUCCUUCGAACACCGGAUCCUGACUGCGUGCGACAAGAAGUUUGUGCGUAAGUUUGUGCGUGUGGGUCUGCGUGCCACGCGCGAUGUGAUGUUUGCCGUGUCCCGUCAUUCCCUCAAAGUGAUGAGCGGCAGUCCGGGGUUGCAUGACUGUCUACGAAUGUUGAACCCUGUGGCCGAGGUUCUCAAGGUAACCAAGGAUUUUGGUGCCAAUUACGUGUGGGAACUGGACCUGAGUCGGGCGAGUGGCAACGCGAUCGGGUCCAAGUUGGUGCUGGAGUUUUCUGCCGAUUUCCGGCUGGACUCGGAAUCUGGACAGUCCAAGAGAUGUGAUCAUGUUUUCGAGUUGACUAAUUUU